AUGCACCUUUUCAACACACAGCUGCUAUUAUGGGCGCUCUACUCGUUACUCAUCCCUCCGAUCUCGUCUAUUCCGAUCCCUGAAGACCCCGACUCCACAGAGCUCCAAGUUCCCCAGUACGACCAUGAAAGCACGCUCGUCCCCCGAAACGCAUUGGCUGCGAACUCGCUGCUCGAAAACCGAAAUGAUGAUCCCCGUCCUGCGAGCCCUAUUGCCCGAUGCGGUUAUCAAUUCGGGUCCAAAGAACCCUCCGGCGUGAAAGGGGAAAAGAAAUAUGUCAUGAAAGAAGGUGGCAAAGAAUAUGGAUCGGUGCGACUGCAGCAUAAAUUAGGGAGUGGAAACCAAGGCGCCGUCUGGGAAGGAGUACUCAAGUACUACCCGACCAGCAAGAAUAAAGGCAUGGGCCUGCCAAUUCUGGCUGAAGAGCCAGUGGCCGUCAAGGUAGGCUCGGGGGGGAGAGGGAUAGACAGGGGCAUUCUCCAAAGACAAAUUGUCAGUCCCUAUGUUUUGCCGUUGAAAGAGCUGUUUUGGUCAGAGAACACGAGGGAAUCGGUCCAGGUCAUGCCGAGAGGCCUUUACGACUUAACUACGGCUCUUGAAAAGGGGUUGGUGAUCGUUGUUGCGGUGAUAAUGUUGCGUGUCGGCGAGGCAUUAUUAGCGGCUCAUCACCAAUGGAUUGUUCACGGGGACAUAAAGCCCGAUAAUAUCCUCCUCUCACACUACGGGUGGACCUACUUGAUUGAUUGGGAUGUGGCUAAAAAGUUGACUGAGAGAAUUGAGACCCGACCUAGAGGACAAUAUGAUUAUUACGGCCCGGAGGCCAGGAACAAAGAGCCAUAUGAUGCCUUCAAGGAGGAAGUUUUUGAAUUUACUCUGACAUGGCUAGAGGCCGACCAACCACCUUUCAUGCAAAAUCCAGACUUUCGUGACGAUCUCUAUAACUGGCUUACGGCUCCUGGCGACAAAGACACCGCAGCUGGCCGCACUUACGCGGGCAUUGCAGAUCAUUUAGGGUUGAAAUUUGGAGUAUAUUUGUCAGAGUCUAAGAAGCAUUUGAUGGCAAAAGGACUAUGCGCGCAGCAGGAACGCUUCGAUCUGCCUGUCUUCUUGAAUGAGUUCAGACGGGUAAAUAUGAUCAUAUAG